GCCACUUGUCGUCGUCAGUCCGUCUUUUCAUUCCUGGCUUGGUCGAUCUCCGUCGGUGCUGACUCUCGGGUUGCUCGGUCCGGUCCCAGUGUGCUCCGUCUCGGUGGUGCGUAUAGCGUGAGCAGUGGAGAGCGGAGUAGUGCUAAGUGGUGGCAGAUCUAGUUGGCGGUGGUUGGUUACGACUUACGUAAUUUUCGCCACAGAACUAUCGCGAAACCGUCCGUCGAACGCACGGCGACGCGUGUGUCCGGUGGUGCAGAGCAGUGUUGUGUAGCGAGUCCUAGUGCCAUCAAAACAGAGCAGAGUGCCCCGCAGAGUGUGUGCUAUCGAUCGGUUCGCUGUCGAAAUCAGGCCGACGAUUGCUGCAGAUCUGACAAAGUUGUUUCAACCCCCCAAACACACACACACGCGUCCGCGAGUGCAGCAGUCACGUAAUCACGUGAAAAACAAAGCGAAGAGAGCGCCAAUUAGAGGAAAGACCUGCAACCGAUACGCCGCGCAACAGGGAUCCUGCGAGGAGCAUAAAAUAGUGACCGCCCGAAACCGCCGCCAGGAGCAGCAGCCCAACAAUGUUCACCGUGUGCAAGAGUUCCGCCACGGCAACGUUGGUCGCCAGUAUGCAAAGGUAUGGCCUCAGAGCAUUUAGUUCUUCGGUACUCUCGAGCCCCAAACUUCCCGAGUUCCCGCUCGAAAAUGAACCGGUGCUCGAGUAUAAGAAAGGCUCAAAGGAACGCACCGAGCUAGAGGCAGCCCUAAAGAAGACAGCGGCCAAAAUGGAGGACGUACCGAUCAUCAUUGGCUCGGAAGAGCUUCGCACCAAGGAGGUGCGACACCAGGUGAUGCCGCACAAUCACAAACACAAACUGGCUCAGUUCUACUGGGCGGACAAGAAGCUGGUGCCGAAAGCGAUCAAAACGGCCACUGAAACGCAGGUCAAAUGGGACCGUACGCCGCUGGAUGAGCGUAUCCGCAUUUGGCAAAAGGCGGCCGAUCUGAUGGCGGGACCCUAUCGGCAGGAGCUCAAUGCUGCCACCAUGCUGGGUCAAGCGAAAACCGUUAUCCAGGCCGAAAUCGAUUCUGCCGCCGAACUGAUCGACUUUAUUCGCAUGAACACUUACUAUCUCAAGGAAGCGACCAAGUACCAACCGAUCAGCGAGAACGCCAAGGUGACGAAGAAUUCCAUUCGAUUCCGUGGCAUCGACGGGUUCAUAGCCGCAGUCAGUCCAUUCAAUUUCACUGCCAUCGGCGGAAAUCUGGCCUACACGCCGGCCCUCAUGGGCAACGGUGUGCUAUGGAAACCGUCCGACACUGCCCUGCUUUCGAACUAUGUAAUUUUCAAGAUUAUGCGCGAAGCCGGUGUACCUCCAGGGGUGGUAAACUUUGUCCCCACGGACGGGCCCGUCUUUGGCGAUACCAUCACAGCGUCCCCGCAUCUGGCCGGCAUCAACUUUACCGGUUCCGUACCAACGUUCAAUCGGUUGUGGCGUCAAGUAGGCGAGAACAUCAAUAUCUACAACAAUUUCCCGCGACUGAUCGGAGAGUGCGGCGGCAAGAACUAUCACUUCGUGCACCCGUCAGCUGACGUUGAAUCGGUUGUGAACGGUACCAUACGCUCAUCGUUUGAGUUUUGUGGCCAAAAGUGUUCCGCUUGCUCGCGCAUGUACGUUCCGGAGUCGUUGUGGCCGAAGGUGAAGGACGGUUUGCUGAAGCUUCGUGAUACACUUAAGGUGGGUGAUGUGACCGACUUCAGCAGUUUCACGUCGGCCGUCAUUGACGACAAGGCGUUUGCCAGAAUCAAAUCCUAUGUCGACCACGCACGCAGCUCGAAAAACCUCACCAUUCUCGGUGGUGGCCAGUGUGACGACAGUAAAGGUUUCUUCAUUCAACCGACGAUCGUGCAAUCGACUGAUCCAAUGGAUCGCAUCAUGACGGAGGAAAUCUUUGGUCCGGUUUUGUCAAUCUACGUGUACAAGGAUAAAGAUGUCGACAGUGCGGUCAAGCUUGUCGGCAACUCGACCCGAUUCGCACUGACAGGUGCCGUUUUCGCGCAAGAUGUAGCGUUCCAAAAGCGAGCACUGGAAGAGUUCAAGAUGACAGCGGGUAAUUUCUACAUCAAUGAUAAGUCUACCGGAUCAGUGGUCGGUCAGCAACCUUUCGGUGGUGGCCGUAUGUCUGGUACAAACGAUAAAGCCGGCGGACCGCACUACGUCCUCCGGUGGGCAACACCACAGUCCAUCAAGGAAACCUUCGUUCCGCUGAAGGACAUUGACUAUCCCUACAUGCGCGAGUAAAGGUACUUGCAAGAAGCUGGAGUUGACUGUUGGCGUGGAGUUGUUCGAAACUAGUAAACAAAAAUCAACAGAUACAUCCAAAAAAUCCAUACACCAAGAAGGGAACUAUUAGACCAUCAACUCAUACCCGUAACUAUGAGUAUUUCCUUUCGUUUGCUUAUCGUUUCCAUUGGGUUGUAUCCCGAUGCAUUUUGUUAUGUGAUUUUUCUCUACUUUGUUGCUCUUAGUUUGUUCUCCUCUGUAGGCUACAGGGUCAACAUCGUCCCCUCGGCGGGCUACAGAUUGAAGACGUCAAUCACACAAAAUUCCCACUAAAUCGUUUCCCAAUUUACCUGAAUUGUUAUUGGUUUUCGUUCGAAUCUCACACGUUAUGGUUCGGAUUGUUUUUUUUAGGCAGUAUAUGUUUUAUUACGGUUGUAGGUUUUUGUCUGUAAUCUCUCCCGGAACAAAAGAUCACUAUAUCAAUCAAACAAAUCCAGAUGUAUGCAAAAAUGGAAUGGCGAGCGAUGCUGGAAACAUCUCGCGAAGAAAAUAGCACACCGCUACUGUUAGCUAAUAUUUGACAAUACAAACAAGCUUCAUUAUUUACCCUGGCCGUGGGGACAGGAUUUAAUGCGGCGGCGGCAGCGGGUGGCUGUUAUGAAGAAUUAAGAACGACAUUUGAAUUACGAGCGCAAUACUGAGCAUUACUGAUGGUAGGGUACGGUGACGGAAAAUUCGUGAUAUACUUUUUUUGUUUUGUUUCUAACUGCUCUACAACUCGUGGCAAUGUCCCAGAGAAUGUCGCAGAGCAUUGAGCGCGUUCCUAUUGAGUGUGGACUCUUUAUUUUUGCUGUCUGUAGAUGCUUUCUCUUCGUCAUAAUACGACCGUCAACGGUGUCAUUUUUAUGUGAUCAAUUGCACGCCGAUGCACGCACCCAUUCAUCUGUUCAGAUGACGUUAGGUGCUUAGUAUUUAGCAAAACUGAAAAAAAUCAAUAAUAGUAAACUAAGGCGGUCUGAUGAGAACGAUGGGAGAACAACGUAUCACUGCGCCGGGAUCGGUUUAUUUCGCAAACGAUCGUACGGUGCAUUCGAAGGCCAAUGGAAAAAAAAAUCUAAAUAACGAUUGUUGAGAAGCAUUAGUAGCACUAUAUAAUCAGUUUGAGACUCAUUACACCCCAACUACAUGUGUAUGGAAUGUUGACAGAACAUGGGCAAUAGCCAAAUAAUACCAAAAACAAAUCCGGGUUAUAAAUACCUGGUCGGAGCAGUUAAUCAUCCGAUCUGAUCAUCCCUCGAAGCGCGCCCUUCAAGCCGUCGGCCGCAAACCACUCGCUAACUCUGCAUUGGCCGUUUGAUGAACAAUCAAACAGUAUCAUAAACGUAGCGUAAGAAACGGGAGAAGAAAAACGUCGAAAAACAAUGAUUGGAAAGUUGCAAAAUAUCGAUACAUUAAGUUAAUAAAUGUUUUAAAAUUAAAUCGUUCCGUUUCAAUUAUUUAUUUUGUGUUUCCCUUUUCGCUGGUCCAAUAUUAUGUUACGUUCACUAA